CAUCCUCAAAUCCAUCAGACUAGCCUUCUCUUAGCCCCGUCUUCCAAAUUACCGGAAGAUGCGGUCGACCCUCACCGCAGGGCUAUGGUGGACGGCCACCUUGACCCUGACCUUGUCUUCGGUCUUAGCCGCGAGUUCGAGUUCAGCGUCAACCUCUACGGUGAACGUCUGGUUGAGGUCGAACUGGGACGCAGCGCCGUUGUUGCUCGAAGUCUUGGAAAGCGCAGCUAUAGAAGAUCCGACGAUAUACUACCCGCUCUUAUCACUACUCACCACUCACCUCCCGCUCUUACAAUCCGGAGCCGACUCUGGAUCUGGAUCUGAUGAUGAAGAUGGUUCGGCUUCGCGGUCAAAGCCGAGGACUCGGGACCGGGAUCAGCUGGAGAUGGUCUACGACCUCGUAGCGAAUUACGACUCUCACGAAACCACCACCACCGCCCACAACUCCAACAACUCCAGCUCUAGCUCUGAUCCUAGCUCCAGCUCUAGAUCUAGAUCUAGAUCUAGAUCCACCCUCCUGACCGCCCACCGGGAAUUCGACCUAUCCUCCUUCAAAACCUCUUUAGCGAUGCACGAAGCGUCCCCGAAGAUUCAGGCUUAUUACCAGUUUUAUGAGACCGUCAUUGUCAACUCGCCCGCUGGAAGGGAGGUCACGCAAAGAGAGUGCGAGAGUUGGGUGGAGUGGAGGGGAAAGGGGUUUUGCAGCGUGGAGGAGUUGAGGAGGGAUAUGGAGUUGUCCUUGGAUCUGGGUUCAACGGAGGGUUCGGGACGUGCGAGCGGUCCGACGACGAGAUCUAUACCGCCAAAAAUCCUUCCGUUCGACCACAUCUACCCUCAUUCUUAUUCUCGUUCUGGAGGAUUGGGCUCGCAUCCGGUCGACGUGGCGAUUCUUUAUAUCUCGGACCUCUCGCCCGCUCAGGCGGAUCUUUAUGAGUACCUCAUGCGUCGUCGAACCAAGACCUCCAACAAUAAUGACAAUGGAAACGAGGAUGCGGCUGAAGGGUUGUUCGAUAUCAUCGUCCGGUACAGGCCCCUCGUUGCUCGGACUCUGGAUUCCGAUUCGGUAAAAGCGCAAGAGGAGAGUCGUUUGCAGGUGCAGGACGUGAAUAGGAGGAAGAAUUCGUUAAAGGGGUAUGGGGUCGAGAUGGUGCUCAAGCGGACGGAUUAUCUUGCGGUCGAUGAUCGGGAUACGGGGAGUAGCGUGGGUGUGGGUGCCGGGAAGGUCGAAGGCAGGCAGCAGGAAGUGUUUGAAGCGCAUGGAAAAGAGGGAAGCAAGGCCGGGGCGGAGGAUGGAUAUUUGGGAGUGAUCGGGAGGGGGUCUUGGGACGAGCUUGUCAGCAAGCCUCUGAAGCUGGGGGAGAUUUCAGAUCUCGGUGUCAAGACGGCCUCCCUGAUCAUGUCCGACCCAGACCCCCUUUCGGCACUUAUCGGCAUCUCGCAGGAUUUCCCUAAACACUCGGCGGCGAUCGCGAGAAGGGUCAAGGCGGACGAGUGGUUGGAGAGGGAUGUGGCCAACGUUCAGGCAAAGGCGGACGUCAAGAGCGCGUUUUGGGUCAAUGGGAGGAUCGUCACCGACAAGGAGCUAGACGCUUUCAGCCUACUAUCGAUCGUCCGGGAAGAGAGACAGAGGAUGUUGGCGCUCACCUCGCUCGGGCUGACACCAGACCAGGCGUUCAGCUUGCUCACGGACGACGACAUCGUCACGGGCAUGACCGAGCCGGAACCCAUGAUGGGGAUCGUCGAUGCCGGGGACGAGAUCGAAGGAGGAGGAGUGAUCACUUGGUGGAACAAUAUCGAAAAGGACAAGAGGUAUGCGAGUUGGCCCAGCUCAAUCGCGGCGCUCGCCCGACCCGGCCGACAAGGACCGUUCAACCAGGUCCGGCGCAACUUUUGGCACGUCAUCCUCGUCAUGGACAUGUCCAAACCUUUUUCCCUGAGCACCAUCUCGCAGACGGCUCAGCAGAUGAUCAAACGGGGGAUCCCGUUCAGGGUCGGUUUGGUCCCGCUCAUCUCGGAGAGCAAUGACGAUUUGAGUAUCAAAAUGGCUCGAUUACUAGCCUAUCUCGUCCGUAAGAACGGUCGUGCCGAAGCCAUGGAGUACAUGCAUACUCUAUGGAGAGCUUCCCCUCGAGGCGAAGUCGCUUUGAACAUCGCCGAGAGCCUUUUCCCUGGUGAAGGCGACGAUUCGUUCGCCGAUAUCAUCAACGGGAAGGUGGAAAGCCUGGCGACCGACGAGAUCCGCGCCUGGCUGGCUAGGAUGGCAGUCAAUCCCACAACGAGUCCGCGGGGUGCCGUCCUUUUCAAUGGACAGUAUCAGCCCUUGGACGAGCGAUGGACCGAUCGAAUCAUGCAAGAUUACAUGGGCCAGCUCAACUAUCUGAUGCAGCCAGGCGUCGUCAAUCAUCUCAAAUCGGUCUCCCGGCUCGAUCGUUUCUUCUACGAUUUGCCCACAUCAUCUCCCCGAAGAAAUGUCUACCUCCCUGUAGGAGAGCCCAUCGGAUCGCAGACCAUCGUGGAUCCCCGGCAAGUCUUUGGCGCCGACUCAUUGAUUCUGGAUCAGUUUGUCUACCCGGAUGACAAAUCUGACGAGGUCCUGGCCACGAUCCACGUUCUCGGUGACCUCGACAGUGAGUCAGGUCGAUCGAUGGCGAGAGAGGCUCUGAAAUUCCUGCAGCAAAAAGGUAAACACACUAGACUAGGCUUCGUUCACCUCCCCUCGGACGCCAAUCAACACCAAAAGGGUCCACGCCUGUCGACAUGGCUAUACGAGAGCUUGUCUUCGCACAAUCUUUCGACAUCGUCAACAGGCAGCUUGAUCGAGAUGUUGGACAGGAUCGACUUUGUGAGCCGGGAAAAUGAAAUGGGAAGAGUCAAGAGUCUGGUAGAGCACGAGAAGGCGUCCGAAGGCAUGACGUGUUUCGAUGGCUUCCGGUUACCACUACCAACGCCGACGUCUCUGGCUGUAUCGAAGGCAUUCUGGAACGCACGGGCGGCUGAAGCGCGCACGGUACCGUUAACAAGUGCCGGUACCUACAUCAUGAUCAACGGUAGGGUCGUUGGUCCCGUACCAGCCGGCGAGUUCUUGGCCGACGACUUUUUCACUUUGGCGAUGAUCGACGCUCGAAGCCGCGGCAGUCCCAUUCUAGAAGCGCUUAAGGGGAUCUAUUACGAUAUCUCAACGCUGGAAAGUGCGACAUUGGGCAACCUGGUAUCUGGAGUCGCCGCUAUACUGGGUAAAGCUUUCGCGACCGACAACUCUUCACCGCUUCAAUCUACCGUUGUCGCCAGGACCAGAGGGUAUACGGAGAUCACGGGCAAGGCGUCUAGCUUCUCCAUCAAGGAAUCGCCAACUGCGCUGGUCAGGCUCUUUGCCAUCGUCGAUCCCAUCAGUGAACAAGCGCAAAAGUGGUCGUCCUUGAUCCAGAUGGCUACCGAGCUCGAUCACGUAUCAGCAACCGUCCAGCUGAACCCGGCUUUGGUGCUUACUGACAUCCCGCUCAAGCGGUUCUAUCGGUACGAAUCCGUCAACUCUGUAAGAUUCAAUGCUGAGGGCGACGAAGCCAUGACUGGUGUCAGCUUCCGCGGCCUGCCAGAGGAUCCCAUCUUGACGCUCGGUAUGGAUAUUCCUACGUCAUGGCUCGUGCGGCCCAAGGAAUCCAUUCACGAUCUCGACAACUUGCGACUCGAAAGCAUCCUCGCCAAGCAACAAUCCCCCGUCGUCGACAUCCGAUUCGAGCUCGAGCAGCUCGUGAUCGAGGGGCACGGCAGGGAGUUGAAGGCGUCCGUACCUCGAGGACUCGAAUUGCAGCUGGCCACCACCGAGGGUGAUAUCGUUGGAGACACGUCGAUCAUGGCGAACCUCGGGUACUUUCAGUUCAAGGCCCAGCCCGGCCUUUAUAAUUUGAACAUCCGCGAAGGCAGAGGCCGCGAUGUGUACAGCCUACACAGCUUGUCCACCGGUUUGGCGACGGGUGAUACCGUAUCUCAAGUCGCCUUGACAUCGUUUACAGGUCUCACCGUUCGGCCCGUGUUCGAGCGUCAGCCGGGUAUGGAAUUGGCGGAUGUCCUAGACGAGGUCGUAACCACGCCCGGUUUCUUUGACAAGAUCUACUCGUCCCUGUCUACCGUACUCGGCCGCAAGACGGCGCCCGUGCGUCCUCCGGCCGAAAUCAACAUCUUCACCGUGGCCUCGGGCAAACUCUACGAGCGGUUCGCCUCGAUCAUGGUGCUCAGCGUGUUGAAGCACACGAACAGUACCGUCAAGUUUUGGUUCAUCGAGAACUUCUUAUCGCCGUCGUUCUUGGAAUUCCUGCCUCACUUUGCGGAAGAGUACGGGUUCGAGUACGAGCUGGUCACUUAUCGCUGGCCGUCUUGGCUUCGUGCACAGAGGGAGAAACAGCGGGAGAUCUGGGGCUACAAGAUCCUCUUCCUCGACGUCCUCUUCCCGCUCUCUCUGGACAAGGUCAUCUUUGUCGAUGCCGAUCAGAUCGUGAGGACCGACAUGAAACAGCUGGUCGAUCUCGAUUUGCAAGGCAAGGUCUACGGGUACGCGCCGAUGGGGGACGACAAGCCCGAAAUGGAAGGCUUCCGGUUCUGGAAGACGGGUUACUGGAAAGACGCCCUCCGAGGCAGACCCUAUCACAUCUCGGCGCUGUACGUGAUCGACCUGAAGAGAUUCCGACGGCUCGCCGCGGGAGAUCGAUUGAGGGCUUCGUAUCAAGCCUUGUCGGCGGACCCGGGGUCAUUGGCGAAUCUGGACCAGGACUUGCCGAAUUCGAUGCAGGAUCAGUUGCCGAUCUAUACGCUCGAUCGGUCUUGGUUGUGGUGCGAGACAUGGUGUAGUCAGGACAGUUUGAAGGAUGCCAAGACCAUCGACCUGUGUCAGAACCCUCUGACGAAACAACCCAAGCUCGAGCGGGCGAAAGUAAUUCCAGAAUGGGAGAGUUACGACCGCGAGGUUGAUCAAUUCGCCAGACGGCUGGCCGCCCCGGACGGGGCCAAGGUGAACGUCGUCACAGGAUCGGCCGAGGCGCUCGUUCAAGGAGGCAACGAGCACUCGGCCACACCGGCAGAUUCGGCGGUGGAGGUGUCAGAGGUAAACGACGAGCCUGUACAUGAAGGACAAAGGCUUGUAGACGAUCUAUAGAGACCUGGUUGCCCAGCGUAUAAGAGCUUUCGACAUUUCCCAACUUCCAGGUUGUUCUGGUCGCAAACUCGUUGAUGCAAGAAAUCGGUACGGUCGUUACUCAAAUGACCGGUACACCGUUAGAAUACCAAAUCACCAUUUACCGAAUUUGGUUGGAUGCGCCAUCAUAAAUCAGAAUCCCAACACAAGCCGACCUGCAUCUUCCCGGGUUGAAGACCUUUACAUCACAACUUGACAGGAAACGAUAGGCGAAAGUAACCUGGUCGCAAGCUGCAAGCUGAUCUCCUCAAAACAGGCAGAAGUCUACACGGCAAAGUUUGAUAGGCCAGUUUGCUCAGGCUAGAGGCUGAACUUGCAGGGAUCUUCAUUACAGCAGAGGCAGCUAAGGGCAGUCCUCUUGAGGGAUUACGCACACCCAUC